UGCGCCAUCUCCCGCCUUUCUCUCCCGCGCUUUGCCUUGGGAGGAAAAACACGGAGCUUGACCGCUUUCUCUUCGCCCGACAUCCACUCAUGGCCUCCGAGGGCCAGGGGGCACAGCCGCCAACCCCCGAUGAUCUCUUCAAGGACGUCAAGUUCUACGUGGUGGGCGACGUCGACAAGAAGGUGGUGGAGCUUCUAAAGAACAACAAGGGGAAGGAAGCGUCCUGUUUCUCGCUGGCAUCGCAUGUCAUUUCGGAGGAUGGCGAGCAUGCGGAAGUGAGCGAGGCCCGUGAGGUGUUUGAUCUACCCGUGGUGAAGCCAUCGUGGGUGAUGCUGUCUCUGAGAUGUGGAGUCCUGCUGCCUGUAACGGGAUUCUCUCCAGACACGGGUCAACCAUUCUUGGGGUUAACAGCAUGUUUAUCACAGAUCCCACAGGAGGACCGAGCUCCGCUCUGGGCACUGCUCACCUUCUAUGGUGGAGCCUGCCAGCUGUUGCUCGACAAGCGCUGCACCCACCUGGUUAUCCCCGAGCCCAAGGGGGAGAAGUACACAUGUGCACUGAAGCACAGCCGCAUCCGCGUCGUGACUCCAGACUGGGUGGUGGACUGCGUAGCGAGCAAGAGCAGGAAGGAGGAGACCGAGUACCACCCUCGCCUGGUGCUCCUGCCGAGGGAGGAGGAGCUCCCCCUGGAGCAGCCGGGGACUGCGAAUGAUAGCGACCAUGAAGGUGACGAUCCCAACGUCGAUGAUGAAGAGAAAGAUGAUGAGCACGAAGAGGAAAAAGAAGAAGAAGAAAAGGGGCGCAGUGUUAACUUUGAAGAUUCUGGUUCCGCACGGUCAAAGGACGAUUCCCCAAUGAGCACCACUGACUCGCCAUCCAGGAAGUUUGUGGAGGAAAGGCGGACUGAACAACAGGCAGUCGGGGAUUUGCAUCGUGUUCACAUACCUCAGAGGCCGACAAACGAGAGGCCUGUUCGGGCUUUAUCAUCAAAGUGCACACCAAUGAUUGAGAGGCCGCCAUUUAUGCCACCGGCAAUGUUAAAGUCUUCACCUGUGCUGUCUGGUUCCUCCAAGAGUCUGAUGAUUCCUCAACCCCCGCCAGGCAUUUGCAUCCCCCUUCCGAGUCCGAGGGCCGCCCCCAGUUUAGGCACCCUGCACACCAUUCGGCCGAGUAUGGAUGCUCGCAUGCGCCAGAGCCACAGUGCUCUUCCGUCUCCGUCCAACGGGCGGCUCCAGCUGGAUGUCAUGACACUGCCAUCUGGUGAGGUGUGGGUCCAGACUGUUCAAGGCAGACCCGCCCGCCCUCUUGCAGCAAAUUCCGCCAUGCCCACAUCCCAGGAUGGCCGGCUGCAGCAAGGAUUUGCCAUGUCCAGACAGAUGCAUGUCUCUGAGCUCACGGCUCAGGGACUCGGAGGCAUGGUCACCCGGCCAUUGGGGUUCCAGGGGGCGGUUGGGGGUUCAGGGCCCCGGCCAGAACAUACACCAAUGAGCAUGGGGGGGAACAGGCCGGGACCUGGGCUGGAGUUCACGGGGAUAAGUCCAAUGGUGAGGACCCUGAGAAACAUCACCAACAGCGCCGAGGCACUGCAGGUCUCCAGGGCAUCCAAUGUGGCUCACGUGCUGCAGAGCAUGUCAGUGCCCACACGCACAUUGGAGACUCACCGGCCAGGAGAACCCAGGCCUCUACAUGAGGGGGCCUACAUUCAGGUCAAGCCAGCAACGAGUCAACCCAGCAGUGCUGUGGAGUACUGCACAGAGGCGCCAAGCGACUGCUGCCUGCUCGGUUGUGUGUUCGCCAUCGCCGAGUACCAGGAGCAGAUGCUGGACAAGCAACUGCUCAACUCGUGGAAAAAGGCAAUCAUUCAGAAUGGAGGGCUGGUGGAAGCUGCUCACUCACCUCGCUGCACACACCUGCUAUGUGAAAGUCAGACUGGGCCAGUGUUUGCACAGGCACUAAAGGAGGGCAAGCGCUGUGUGACCGCACAUUGGCUCAAUGACACGCUCAAGAGCAGACGGGUGAUCCCUCCAAAUCGCGCCCUGCAUCUCCCCAUGGCCUUGCAACAUUCUGCCAAGCCCUGCGCGAGUCAUAUCAUCUCGGUAACUGGGUUUGUGGACCAAGACAGGGAGGAGCUGAAGCUGAUGAUUGCACUAACAGGAGGCAGAUACACUGGCUAUCUCAGCCGGAGCAACACGCUGCUUGUUUGCAAAGACCCGAGCGGCAUGAAGUUUGAGAAGGCACGCGAGUGGCGUGUGCCAUGCGUGAACAUCACCUGGCUCUGCGACGUGCUCGCGGGAAACCUAGAAGCCCUGAGGCAGCCUCAGCAUGUGCGCUACACCACCUUCAGCCUCGCAGACCCCUUCGCUCCAGAUCGCCAGCUGGUGGCCAAUCUGCUUGUUUCUUGGAAGGUUCCAAUAAGAAUCUCAAAAGAAGCGCUACUGGCAUCCAGAAAUAUUCCCAAAAGAAAACUCUCGGAUGGUAUUCAGUCAUCUGUAAAGAAACCCAGGCUGGAGGAGGGUUUGCUUUCCCAACGCCGUGGACCGGGCGAUUCCACUCACCGGGUGAUCUUCACUGGCUUUGAGCUCUUCCAAGUGCACGAGUACAUGAAGAAACUUUAUGUCCUUGGUGGAGAGGUCGCCGAAAGCGUGCACAAGUGCACCCACCUGGUCGCCAACAAGGUGACUCGUACCGUCAAGUUUUUAACGGCCAUCUCCGUUGUCAAGAAUAUCGUGAUGCCCAACUGGCUUGAAGACAGCGCUAAGCAGCAGCGGUUUCUGGAUGAAGGAGCCUACCUGCUACGGGAUGCAGAGGCUGAAGUACUGUUCAGCUUCAGCCUGGAGGAGUCUAUGAACCGUGCACGUGUGAAGCCCCUUUUCCAGGGUCUGUUCUUCUACCUGACGCCCGGAAUGUGCCCGAGCCUGGCCACCAUGCGCUCCAUCAUUGAGUGUGCGGGGGGGCGAGUGCUAACAAAGCAGCCAGGCUUGCAGCGCCUCGCUGAGCACCGCAAUAACAAGAACUUGCCAGAGAUCAUCAUCAUAUCUUGUGAAAAUGACCUACACCUGUGUCGUGAAUAUUUGGUCCGUGGCAUUGAAGUGCACAAUGCGGAAUUUGUCCUGACGGGGGCAUUAACACAGACCCUAGACUAUGAGUCAUAUCCUUUGCAAUGAAAACGGUGCUUGUGUAAAACAUGUUUUGUUGUCGCAAAGGUGCCUUGAUUAUUGUAUACUAAAUAUGCGGUAUAAACAGAGUUCAAUGUUAAAAUAUUCACUACUCGACUGUCAUAUUUGCUUGAUUGUAACAAAUGGCAACGGUGGGAUAACCAUAUUAAUAGAGAAGCUUAAAAUAUUAAUUAUAUUUCGUGCAAUCUUUAUUCAGUUUUCCUCAUCUUCUAUCAGUGCUUGCACAAGCACUGAGUGCUUUGAGACAACUGUCAUGCACACGUGAAUGUUACUGAGAGACGACAACACUAUCAGCUGCAAGGAAUUAUUGAAUCACUGAAGAUUUAUGCGCAUGUCACUGCGAGUCGCCAUUUUCAACUAAAGUGUGUUCUCAAUACUGGGCUAAUUCAGCAGGGCUGGGGUGCCCCUGUAUAUAAGAUUUCUUAAUAACAACAAACAUUAUUUCCAUCUAGGCCAAAUUUAUCCCAUUGGCAGCUUAUUUUUGUUUAGCUUUUUAUCUUACCUAUAACAGUAUUUUUUUUUUGUGUGUGUGGACGUGUGUCGCUUUUAACUGACAAACUGUUGGGUUUACGUUUCAACAAAGUACACCGUUAAAACAAACUAAGCCCCAAAUGGAAACUCGCUAUUUGUUUUUGCCCUCCGUCAAAUGUAAACGAAUAAAAUCACACUUUAUAAUAAUUUACGCUGAUCGCGGCACCAAAGCACGCAUUUGGGCAAACGCGGAACGCUGACUCGCGGUUGGCCCUAGCAGCGCACACGAGCUCGCUGAGCUGCGACGGGAGAGAAGUUCUUCGAGUUAAAAAGGCAAAAAAAAGCACACCACUUAGGUAAAUCCUGAACAGUGUGAUGUCCUCUUUCACCCCCCCCCCGCCGCAAUGUGUGCAGUUACUACUGUAGAGUCAGUAGAUGCUACUGUAGCGUCAGUAGAUAGUACUGUAGCGUCAGUAGAUAGUACUGUGAAGUCGGUAGAUAAUACUGUGAAGUCGGUAGAUACUACUGUAGAGUCGAAAGAUACUACUGUAGAGUCGGUAGAUGCUACUGUAGAGUCGGUAGAUACUACUGUAGAGUCAGUAGAUACUGUAGAGUCAGUAGAUAGUACUGUAGAGUCGGUAGAUGCUACUGUAGAGUCAGUAGAUAGUACUGUAAAGUCGGUAGAUGCUACUGUAGAGUCGGUAGAUAGUACUGUAGAGUCAGUAGAUGCUACUGUAGAGUCGGUAGAUAGUACUGUAGAGUCAGUAGGUAGUACUGUAAAGUCGGUAGAUGCUACUGUAGA